CGCGUUCACGAUUUCGGGCAGACACGAUCGAGACUUUUUCGCGUAUAAAAAGCUUCCGAACUUGUUGUUAGACCAUCAGUCUAGCAGCAGACGGAUAAUCAUCAAGUCAGCUACCACCAUGAACGCAAAGGUUGUUGUUUUUCUGGCGCUGGUCGCCCUGGCCGCCGCCGCUAUGGAGGACGGCAAGCAGCAGAAGCGCGACCUCUUCGGCUUCGGCUACCCUGGCGCCCUCGGCUAUCCCUACAACGCUUACAACCCCUACACCAGCUACAACCCUUACGGCCUCAACGGCCUGGGCUACAACCCGUACACCGCUCUGCCCUCUAGGCUGGCGUCGCCCUGGGCCCCUGCCGUCGCUCCUCUCGCGCCUUGGGGAGCCGCUGCCCUCGCCACCCCUGCAUACGCUACCCCCGCAUACGCCAGCCCCCUAGUCGCCACCACCAGGCCCGCCGCCUACCUCGGCUAAGCGCCUACCCCGCAUCACUGCCAUCGCGUCCAUCCCCUCGACUAUUUAUGUAUCCCUGUAAAUUUUCUGUUUUGGCUAUUGUCAAUUUUUUAAUUAAAUAAAAGCAUUUUUAAGGCACAGUACAAUGAAAAAAGAUUACUAAUUUCAUUC